GUAGAGGGUGGACGUGUGAGUGAGUCUGGAGGCAAACAGAGGCACACGAAGCCGUGAAGUCGAACUGCAGUGCGGUUUAAAGUCAACUCUGGUGCCGCUGCCUGUCUGUCUGUCUCUGUGGGUGUUUACCUGUCUCUCUGUCUUUCUCCCGGUACCGUUUCGGGUCGAGACGCCAUUUCUGCAUCAGAGGAGAGUCAGUUUGUCUGUGAACGACAGCAAAAACCACCGGCGGGACCAUGUUGACUAUGCUAACUUCCAUGUAUCUGGUGGUGAGGGCGGUUUCUCCGCAGCCCGAACCAAUCCGUGUCGUGGUGACCGGCGCUGCUGGCCAGAUUGCCUACUCCCUGCUGUACAGCAUCGCCAAGGGAGAUGUGUUCGGGAAGGACCAGCCAAUCAUCUUGGUCCUGCUGGACAUCCCCCCCAUGCUGCCCGUGCUGGACGGGGUCGUCAUGGAGCUGCAGGACUGCGCCCUCCCACUGCUGAGGGAGGUGAUCCCCACUGACAAGGUGGAGGUUGGCUUCAAGGACCUGGACGCGGCCAUCUUGGUGGGCUCCAUGCCCAGGAAGGAGGGGAUGGAGAGGAAGGACCUGCUGAAGGCCAACGUGGCCAUCUUCAAGACUCAGGGAGCCGCCCUGGACAAGUACGCCAAGAAGACCGUCAAGGUUCUGGUGGUUGGAAACCCAGCAAAUACCAACUGUCUGAUCGCCUCCAAGUCUGCUCCAUCCAUCCCUAAAGAGAACUUCUCCUGCCUGACAAGACACACACACACACGGGCUCGCCUGCAGGUGGCGAUGCGCUGCGGCGUGUCCUCCGACAAAGUGAAGAACGUCAUCAUCUGGGGGAACCACUCGUCCACCCAGUACCCCGACGUCCACCACGCCAAGGUCAACCUGCACGGCAGCGAGACGCCCGCCUACGACGCCGUGAAGGACGAGACCUGGCUCAGAGGAGACUUCAUCUCCACGGUGCAGCAGCGCGGCGCCGCCGUCAUCAAAGCCAGGAAGCUGUCCAGCGCCAUGUCUGCCGCCAAGGCCAUCUGCGACCACAUGAGGGACAUCUGGUUCGGCACCAAGGAGGGUGAGUUCAUCUCCAUGGGCGUGUACGCUGCCGGAAACUCCUACGGCAUCCCAGAGGACCUCAUCUACUCCUUCCCCGUCGAGAUCAAGGUCAGUUCAACCAAUCAGCUGCCUGCUGUGCGUGCGUGCGACUAUUUGGUGAUUUAAAAAAAAAAAAAAAAA